AUGCCGGCGAUGUCGUUAUAUGCGUCGUCGAAGCACUACGAAGCAUCAACAUGUUGUCAACUUUGUAUCGAAGCAGCCUAUGAACUAUGUCUACGCUCUGAUAAAGCAGGUGUGGAUCUCUUAGAGAUCUCGAACGGAAAUCGAACGAAAAGGUGGACGGACCACCGAUUGAACUCGUCGAUGAGUUCUAUUACCUCGGAUGUAUGCUGGAGAGCAAAGGCAGCUACGAGAAAGAUAUUCAAUAAAGAUGCACUAAGGCUAAUUCUGUAUUUAUCUGCUCGACGAAAUCCCUGUGGUCGACCACCAUCACUAACGAAGUCAAACUUCGAGUCUCUAUCCGCGAUCCGCCCCAUCAUGAUGUACGGAUGGGAUACUUGUGCAGCACCAUCUACGGUGAUGGAGAGGCUUCAUUGCACGGAAAGGAAGCUGCUCAGACGCCUCUUUGGCUACUUUUGGACUAGGGUAUGCAACAAUGAAGAGCUUUACGUGAAUCGAUUUAGUGUACCGGCGUAUGACACGUGUGUAUGA